AUGGGAGGCAAGGAGGGGCCUCGGUCGGCCGUGCACAUUGAGGGAGGCCCAGCGGCGUCCAGAGCUGGAGGGACCUGUGGGCACUCCGCUGCGGGGAACGGACAGCUGGCUGGGGCCUGCAGCACUCUGGGCAGGGAGGCCCCUCGGCUGGCUGGUGUCUUGUGGGCCCCUGGGGUGGGGAGCGGCCGAGCGCCAGCACCCGUGGCGGGGGGGGCGGCUCCCAGAGACAGGCUGUCGUCGUGUGUCCGUCCACACCCACCCUGGUCGGGGACCUGCCUGGCCCAGCAGGCCCUGCGUCCUGGGCCGGGUCUCUCAGGGCCUCUUUGCAGGGUCGCACGCUCCCUCUGGUUCGUUUUCCCGUCUCACACCCCGGAACCCAGUGUUUGUUGGCUGGGGAGCCAGAACUGGGUGUGCGGGGUCCCGCCGCCCCUGCCAGAGGCCCUGGAGCAGGAGUAG